GCGGAGAGGGCCAAGCCCGGGGCGUCGUGUGCCGAUGAACCGGUGCUACCGGGAGCGCCCGGAAUCGCAAGCUCAACUUCGCGGCUCGGGGCCUCUACAAAGAACUCUAGCACUGACCGAUUCCUCAGUCAGUCGAGCGGCACCUUCUCCUCCACAUCGACUUUCGUCUCGGGUUCGCUUGUCCUGGCGGGGCCGUGAGUGCGUUAUCCUUGUCGUGUGCAUCUAGUUGAAAGUGUUGGAGGCCCCGGAUCAGAUCAGGCUCAGCUCCAUCUCCAGCUUCAGCGAGUCGGCGAAUCGGUCGCGGGUGUGAAUAAGGUCUCGUGCGAAGGAGUCUGUUGGCAGUGCGCGAGAGUUCUGCGAUCCUGGUCAUUUUUGCUCGAGAGGUUUUGGCUGCGUUGUUUGGUCGAUCGACGGACGGGUGAAGAAAAAGCUUCGUCAACAUGUCAGCCUACGAGGGAAAGUAUGCUGAGGAGUUGAAGAAGACCGCGGCGUACAUCGCCACUCCCGGGAAGGGUAUUUUGGCCGCCGAUGAGAGCACAGGGACGAUCGGCAAGAGGUUGUCGAGCAUCAAGGUAGAGAAUGUGGAGGCCAACAGGCAGGCGCUGAGGCAGCUGCUGUUCACCGCCCCCGACACGCACCAGUACCUGAGCGGAGUGAUCCUUUUCGAGGAGACUCUGUACCAGAAGACCGAUGACGGUGUUCCAUUCACCAAGCUGUUGUUGGAUGGUGGUGUCAUUCCCGGAAUCAAGGUCGACAAGGGUGUGGUCGAGUUGGCUGGAACCGACGGCGAGACAACCACGCAGGGUCUUGAUGGCCUCGGUGACAGGUGCAAGAAGUACUACGAGGCUGGCGCCCGAUUUGCCAAGUGGAGGGCUGUUUUGAAGAUCGGCGCCAAUGAGCCUUCGGAGCUCUCGAUCCAGCAAAAUGCCCAGGGUCUGGCCCGCUACGCCAUGAUCUGCCAGGAGAAUGGACUCGUCCCCAUCGUCGAGCCCGAGAUUUUGGUCGAUGGUACUCACUCCAUCGAGAGGUGCGCGUAUGUCACCGAGAUGGUUCUCGCCGCAUGCUACAAGGCUUUGAAUGAGCAACACGUGCUCUUGGAGGGUACCCUGCUCAAGCCCAACAUGGUCACCCCCGGAUCCGAAGCCAAGAAGGUUACCCCCGAGGUGAUUGCCAAGUACACCGUGCAGGCACUUCAGAGAACGGUGCCCCCAGCUGUGCCCGGUAUCGUCUUCCUUUCCGGAGGCCAGAGCGAGGAGGAGGCUACUUUGAACCUGAACGCCAUGAACCAACUAGACGCCAAGAAGCCAUGGACACUGUCAUUUUCCUUCGGACGCGCCUUGCAACAGAGUGUGCUCAAGACCUGGUCCGGCAAGGCGGAAAACAUCGACGCGGCGCAGAAGGCUUUCCACAAGAGGUGCAAGGCAAAUUCAGAGGCGGUUCUCGGAACUUACAAGGGUGAUGCUGCCGGAGGUCUGGGUGAUGAAAGCCUUCACGUGAAGGAUUACAAAUAUUGAGUUGUUGUUACUUGUGUAUAGGAGCGGAUUAUAUAACGCAAGCUUGUCUCUAGUGGGGCAGAACUGCGAAUCAUUCAAUGGCGCCUGGGGUAGAACUUAAGAAGUAAGACGAGAGGAACAGAGGAUGUAAUUUACAACAGGGUUCCCCGUGAAGGCUUCCCCGCCAGUAGAAAGAGUCAAUUGUGAAUUCUAAAUCCCAUGUUGAAUAAGAGCCACCAUGUACUGAUGCCCUUUCAUCAACAGUUUUUCGUUAGCUUGGCUUUUGAUUUU